AAUGGGCAGUGUUGUCUUGUUCCUGAUGUUAGUGGAAAUGCUUUGAAUUUCUCUUUAUUUAGUAUGUUGUUAACCCAUUAUCAGACAGCUGGUCAAAAAGAAAUGGCAAGAAACAAUUUCAGAGUUCUCCUCACCAAAUAAGAGAUACAGCCUGUGAAGUCCCCGUUGUCAGCUUUGAAAAGCAGCUACAUUCAGCUAAAGUUGCCUAUGCCCCCAAGGGAUGGCUACCCUUGGUCUGUCUCCCACAUUUGCUAUAUCAACUCAGGGCUGUGCAGGUAACCAGGAAUCAGAAUUUCUUCUUCCUUCAAAAUACCAUUCCUGUCAGCAGAAUUUGCAUUUGUUUGCUUGCCAUUCUCCAGAGCCUGAUACACCAACUUGUGUUUCCUCUCAGGAGUCCGUGACCUUCCAAGAUAUUGCUGUGGAUUUUACUGAGAAAGAAUGGCCCCUGCUGGAUUCUUCCCAGAGAAAACUAUACAAAGACGUAAUGCUGGAAAAUUACAGCAACCUGACUUCCCUGGGGUAUCAGGUUGGCAAACCCAGCCUCAUCUCACACCUGGAGCAAGAAGAGGAGCAGAGGACGGAGGAGAGAAGUAUUAAACUGGGUUCACCUGAUUGGGGAACUCAAUCUAAAGUCAAGUGGUCCAUUAUUAUGGAAGAUAUUUUGGGAGAGGAAGCAUGUAAUAGAGUGACAUUGGAAAAAUCUCAUCUUUUGGAAAAAUCUUGUGAAUUCACACAUUUGUUUGAAGUCUGCUGUAUCGGCCCUCACCUUCCUCAGCCAGUAGGAAGAUCCACAAGCAAGAGACCCUAUCACCAUCACAGCUGUGGAGUUGCUUUCAAGAACAGGCCUCACCUGACUCAGCACAUGAGCAUGUAUGAUGGGAGAAAAAUGCAUGAAUGUCACCAGUGCCAAAAAGCCUUCACUACCAGUGCUUCUCUUACAAGGCAUCACAGGAUUCACACUGGGGAGAAGCCUUAUGAGUGCAGCAACUGUGGCAAAGCCUUCAACGACCCCUCCGCUCUAAGAAGCCAUGCCAGAACUCACCUGAAAGAGAAACCCUUUGAUUGUAGUCAGUGUGGUAAUGCCUUCCGGACCCUCUCAGCUCUAAAGAUACACAUGCGAGUUCACACUGGUGAAAGACCCUACAAAUGUGAUGAGUGUGGCAAAGCCUAUGGCAGGAGCUGCCACCUCAUAGCCCAUAAGCGGACACACACAGGAGAGAGGCCCUAUGAGUGUCAGGACUGCGGAAAAGCCUUCCAGCACCCCUCUCACUUGAAGGAGCACAUCCGAAAUCAUACUGGAGAAAAGCCUUAUGAGUGUACACAGUGUGGCAAAGCUUUCCGGUGGAAGUCCAACUUCAAUUUGCAUAAGAAGAACCACAUGGUGGAGAAAACCUAUGAGUGCAAAGAAUGUGGGAAGUCCUUCAGUGACCUCCUAUCAAGGAGGAAACACAUGAGGAUUCACAUUGUAAAGAAACCAGUUGAGUGUUGUCAGUGUGGGAAAACCUUCCGGAACCAGUCUAUUCUAAAGACACACAUGAACUCUCACACUGGGGAGAAACCUUAUGGCUGUGAUCUCUGUGGGAAAGCCUUCAGUGCGAGUUCCAACCUCACUGCACACAGAAAGAUACAUAUUCAAGAAAGACGCUAUGAAUGCACUUCCUGUGGGAAGGUCUUUGGCGAUUACCUGUCACAAAGGAGGCACAAUAGCAUCCAUCUUGUCAAGAAGCGUGUGGAAUGUCGGCAAUGUGGAAAAGCCUUCAGGAACCAAUCCACCCUGAAGACACAUAUGAGAAGCCACACAGGUGAGAAGCCAUAUGAGUGUGACCAUUGUGGAAAAGCCUUCAGCAUAGGUUCUAACCUUAAUGUACACCGGAGGAUCCAUACUGGGGAAAAGCCCUAUGAAUGCCUUGUUUGUGGAAAAGCCUUCAGUGACCAUUCAUCCCUUAGGAGUCAUGUGAAAAUCCACCAGGGAGAGAACUUUGCAUCAUUCAUGUGGAAAAGGCUUCAGUGAGUACUCAGAUGCAAAGGAAACCUGGUAUUCUUUCAUGAAUGCUCUACAUAGAGAACACAAAGU